AUGUUUUCUUUUGAAUCGUUUGUUCGCAAAAUUUUUCCUUUCCUUGAUCGAAGGAGUGAGAAACGAGAUCUGGUUAAUUCUUCUUCUUCUUCUUCUUCUUCUUCUUCUUCUUUCUCACUUCUUUUUUCUUCCUCACUUACUCUACUUUCUUCUCUCUCACUUCUUCUCUCUCACUUCUUUUCUCUCACUUCUUCUUCCUCUUCUUCUUUCAUCUUUCUUUUCUCUCACUUCUUCUUCCUCUUCUUUUAUCUUUCUUUUCUCUCACUUCUUCUUCCUUUCUUUCUCUUUUUUCUUCUUCUUCUUUCUUCCCCUUCUUUUUCACUUCUUCCUCUCCUUUCUUCACAAUUUCUCUCACUUCAUUUAUCUCUCUCAUUACUUAUGUUUUCUUUAUUACAUCAUUUCCUCUUCUUUCGAAUUUCUUUUCUCUUAUUUCUUCUUCUUCUCCUUCCUUCUCUCUCUUCUUCUUCUUCUCCUUCCUUCUCUCUCUUCUUCUUCUUGUUAUUCUUUCUUCUCUCUUCUUUCUUCUUUCUCAUGUAUUGUUUCUCAUCUGUUCUUUUUCUUCUUCCUCUCUUUUCUUCUUUAUUCACUCUCACUUCUUCUUUCUUCUCUUUCCUUUCUUCUUCUUCUUCUUCUUCUUCUUCUUCUUCUUCUUCUUCCUCUUCUUCUUCUUCUUUCGCUUCUUUCUCUUUGAACUGUCUUCCUGGCCCCAUCCUUUCCAGACAACUUUGA